UUCUAGGCAAAGAGCAUUUCUGUGUGUUCAGUGCAGUGCUCUGCUGUCAUGCUCAGUUUACCCUUCCACACACACAUACACUGACGUGAAGUGCCGGGAGAAUACUGCGACAUCUGUUCAGCCUGUUUUGCCUCAGGAACAGCCUGCGUCGCCCUCAUCCCUGUUGUUUUCCAUUGCAGCAGAAGCUGUUUUGUGAGUGGGCGGGAUGAUUGGGACCAUCUGUGAAUGGUUCUGGUGGGAUCGCCUCUGGCUGCCCACCAAUCUGACAUGGGCAGAUCUAGAAGACAAGGAUGGCUUGGUCUACGCCAAAGCGUCUGACUUAUACGUAACCUUGCCCUACUCUGUAGGUUUCCUCAUAGUGCGGUACAUUUUUGAAAGGUUUGUAGCCAUGCCGUUUGCAACUGCCCUUUGUGUGACAGAGAAGAACAGACAGAAAGUGCAGCACAACCCAGUUUUGGAGCAUUAUUUCACAUCCUGCUCCAAAAGCCCAGGGCAGGCAGAUAUUCAAGGCCUGUCAAAAAAAUGUAGCAUCCCCAGCAGACAGGUGGAGCGCUGGUUCCGGAGGAGACGCAAUCAGGAGCGUCCCGGAGUCCUGAAGAAAUUCAGAGAGGCCAGCUGGAGAUUUGUAUUUUACCUUGGAUCCUUUAUUGGUGGCGUCAUCGCCCUGCAUGAUAAACCAUGGUUUUACAAUUUACGAGAGAUGUGGAAGGGUUAUCCGAAACAGUCCUUGCUGGAGUCUCAAUACUGGUACUACAUCCUGGAGAUGAGCUUUUACUGGUCUCUUCUUUUCAGCAUUACUUUCGAUGUGAAAAGAAAAGACUUCAAGGAGCAGAUAAUUCACCACUUAGCCACAUUGACCCUGCUGGCAUUUUCCUGGUGUGGAAACUACAUUCGAGUAGGAACUUUGGUCAUGCUUGUGCAUGAUGCCUCUGAUGUGUUUUUAGAGUCUGCCAAGAUUUUUAACUAUGCCAAAUGGCAGAAAACCUGCAAUGGCAUAUUUGUUCUGUUUGCUGUUGCGUUCAUGGUGACGAGACUCGUUAUCUUUCCAUUUUGGAUCAUCCACUGCACGUGGGUCUACCCACCUGACCACUACCCUGUUUUCUUUGGGUAUUACUUCUUUAAUGCUAUGCUUGUCAUCCUAUUGAUGCUACACAUAUUCUGGGCUUACCUGAUCCUUCGCAUGGUGAAGAAAUUUCUCUUUGGAAGUUUAACCAAAGAUGAGAGGAGUGACAAUGAAGAGGAGGAAGAUGAUGAAGGGGAGAACAGCAUACCCGAGGACCAUCACGUACAUCCAAAAGUCACCAAUGGCUGUGGUGCCAACCAUCACUAACACACCAGAUGCUUCUGCAGAUUCUCUUGUUGCCGAUGACUGAAGGAACCUAAUGAAGUUUUACGUUUUUAUUUUUUCAAAGACAUAGACUCCCAUGGUGUUCAGCCUCAACUGGCUUAAGACUAUGAGAGAAAGUUUUGAUUUAUUACGACCAUGAAAGUGCCAGAGACCAGAAACAUACUUGUAUUUGUCAACAAUACAAACCAAACAAGUGCUCAUUUCUGUUUUCUUAGUGCCAAUAGAAUCUGCUUGCCUUGACUCCUCUGUUGUGGCUACACUCUUUACAUGAACCACAAAGUAAGCAAGAAGAAAAAGAUCAACAUUGGAAAAAAAAAAAUCCAUCGAGCGUUCCUGAUACUCAUUGUUCACUGGUACACAAUACUACAGAGUGACCUGGAUGCUGUUGAGGCUUGUCUGCUGUUUCUCAUGAGUGAGAUGAAAUAACACUACUGUUUUUUAAUGCAUGAAAAUACAAUAGAAAAAAAACAUUUUAAUCCCAUGAUGUGAGUUCCAGAUAUUGUAUUGAACUGUUGUACAAAAAGCAUUACACUGAAUGUAGUUCCCCAGCCAAGACAAGUUUGUUUGUUUAGCAUCAUGUUGCUAACAAAGAAGGAAAACUAAUUUAUAUCUACCUUAACAUGUUCGAAUGCAUUGUGUAAAUCAUCACCUUCUUGUAUGAUUGUGGCUCUUUUUUUGUUUAAAGUCUUAUUUAAUGUACUCUUGAGAAGCGAGUGAGUGCACGAGUGAGCCAAGAACAAACACGUGCAAACGGAGAACAAAUAGAAGUAAUUUUUUUUAAACUUGAAUUAUGUACUUGUAGAUUAUUUUUAAUGCUCAUGAUAAAUAUAUUUCAGUACAUGUGUGGUUUGAUAUUUGAUAAAAAAUGAAAGGGUCAAAGAAAGAUUUAAUUAUUGAAUGUGGACUUUUUUUGACCAUUUAAAGGUAUUUUGUUUUAAUUAAAAAAAAAAAGAUAUUUUA